UAAUAUUAAUUUAAUUAAGCUGUGAAGGAUUUAUUAUGGAGUCUUCAGAUUCUGAUGAUCCACCAGAAGUGGAGUCAAAGGUAUACCCAAAUUUGGGAAUGCUUGACUAUGAAAAGGAAAUAUUUUUAGAUGUUAUUCAUGCAGAUGGCCUUGUUGUUGCUGCUAGGGGGUUGAGUUGUAAUGUUAUUGUACAAAAUUUAAUGAAGGUAUAUUUAGAUCCAGCUAAUCUUAUUAUUGUUAUUAAUGCAUCCAGUUUUGAGGAACAAUACUUUAUCAGUUUCCUCAAUAGUGAACAUACCCAUGUAGCAGCAACUACCGCUCAAGAGAGGGAAUCUAAUUAUUUAAAAGGUGGUAUUCAUUUUGUUUCUACUAGAAUUUUAAUAGUUGAUUUGUUAAAGGAACGUGUACCAAUAUCAUAUAUAACAGGAAUAAUUGUUUUACAUGCUCAUAGUGUAAUUGAGUCAUGCCAAGAAGCAUUUGCUUUGAGACUAUACAGGCAAAACAAUAAGACUGGAUUUAUUAAAGCUUUCUCUAAUAAUGUUGAAUCAUUCACAUUCGGGUAUGGAAAUGUAGAAAACGUUAUGAAAUCUCUUUUUGUAAAAGAGUUGCAAAUAUGGCCGAGAUUUCAUAUUUCUGUGACUAACUGCCUGAAACAAUUUGAACCUAUUGUUAUUGAACUUCAUAUUCCGAUGACGGACAAAAUGGUUAGGUUACAGACCUGUCUCUUAGACCUUAUGAAUUUUACUUGCAGGGAAUUUAAGAAUAAAGAAAAAAAUAUUGAACUUCAUGAAAUAACAGUUGAAAACUGUUUAGUAAAGCAGUUUCAAAAGAUUUUGCAAACGCAACUGGAAUGUAAAUGGCAUCAACUUAAAACUACUACAAAACAGUUACUGCAGGAUUUGCAAGUUCUCAGAAGCCUUAUGGUGGAUAUGAUGUAUUCCGAUGCAGUUUCAUUCUAUGCUAAAAUGAGACAAUAUCGAACAGCGGAAUAUGCCAGAAAGAAUUUGAGUUGGAUUUUAUUAGAUUCUGCUGAAACCAUGUUUGAUUUAACAAAACAAAGGGUUUUUAAUGAUAAACAAGAAUUUGAUCCAGAAUUUUGUCCAAAAUGGAAAUUUCUAUUAGAAAUUCUUCGAGUUGAAAUUCCUGCCCAUAUAGGUGAACAUCAAUCAAAAAGCAGUAAUACAUCACAAAAAAUAUUGAUUUUGUGCAAUAGCCAACGUACAUGUGCGCAACUUCAAAAUGUUCUGAAACUUGGCCCAGAAAAAUAUUUAUUUGAAAAUGCAUUGAAGGAAGAAAUAGAUUUAUCUAAAGUUUCCAAGCAAUUUUCAAAUUUCGAUGUAAAAGCAGUUUCAUCAUACUUCAAAAUUACAGGAAAUUCACAAGCUAACACAACAGAUGAAACAGAUAAUGUUAGAACACGUUCGAAAGCUACUUCUACAAUAUCUUCUAAGUCUGAUGGGAAACCAUCUAAAGGAAACGUUUUAUUGAGAAAUCUUUGUGCAGAUUCUGCAAAUAUAAAACUAGAUGAAAAUAUUGAGCAAGCACAAAAUGAAGAUGAUUUAAAUAAAGUCUUAGAAACUGAGGAUAAUGCUUUUAAAGAAGAUAUAAAUAAAUCUUGCUAUCUACUCACAUACACGCAAGAUUUGUGUGGGUCUGAUAUUUUGAAGAAUAGUACACAGUUAUAUGAAGAUUUUGAUGAAAUGGAGAAUAUGGAUAUGACACGCAUAUCAGAAGAUAAGCCUAUGAUUUGCAUAUUUUCAUGCAGGUCUAUAGAUGGAAAUAUGGAUCUGACCAAGUUGUUAUUUCAAAUGCAACCACAUUAUAUUAUUAUGUAUGAAAAUAAUAUUUCUGCAGUUAGGCAGAUUGAGACUUACGAAGCAAGAUUGGGAAGACCGUCACAAGAAAGAACUAAAUUAUUUUUUUUGAUUCAUAAUGGUACAGUAGAAGAACAAUCUUACUUAACAAAUUUACGUCGCGAAAAAAGGGCAUUUGAUUUUAUAAUAGAAACGAAAAAAAACAUGGUGGUUCCAGAAUAUCAAGAUGGAAAAAGUGAAGGAAAUUAUUUACUUAAAAAAAUAACGGCUAAAAGUCCACAAAAAAGCACACGACAAGCAGGUGGACAAGAAGAAUCAGAAAAGCCCGAAGUCAAACCAAAAAUAAUUGUAGACAUGCGUGAGUUCAGAUCUGAUUUGCCUGGUUUAAUUCAUAUGCGUGGCAUUCAUAUAGAACCAGUUACAAUUACGGUAGGUGAUUACAUUCUAACACCAGAAAUAUGUGUGGAAAGAAAAUCAGUAUCUGAUUUGAUUGGAUCUCUCAAUUCAGGAAGGCUCUAUAAUCAAUGCAUUCAAAUGAGUAGAUAUUAUAGUAAACCUAUGCUCCUCAUCGAGUUUGAUCAGAAUGGACCUUUUAAUUUACAAGGACAUCAUUUAGUUUCUAAUGACAAGGCAGGUAUAGGCACAAUGCAGAAAUUGCAGUUGCUGACAAUACAUUUUCCAAAAUUGAGGAUAAUAUGGUCUCCUGGUCCAUAUGCCACUGCUCAAUUAUUUGAAGAAUUGAAGCAUGAUAAAGAGCAACCCGAUUCUAAGCAAGCUGCAAUUUUGGGCACUGAUGCCGACACUGUUGACAUUGAAUAUGCAACAGACCAUUACAAUACGGGCAUUUAUGAUUUUCUUAUGAAACUGCCUGGAAUUAAUAGCAAAAAUAUUGGUAGAGUUAUGAAUUGCGGCGGAUCACUUGAUCAAUUAAUAAGAAUGACCAAGGAUGAACUUGUUGAACUGUUAGGUAAUCAAAAAGAUGCAGAAAUGUUUUGGGAUAUUGUUCAUCUAAUUCAUAAACCAGUUGAUAAUGAAAUCAAAUCCAGUUCUGCCACAAACAGAAAACUUCGUAUGAAAAGUAGAUUGGGCAGAAAUUUCAAAAAGACGUAAUAUUUUAAUGAUUUAUUUUAGGAAUCGCUUAUCAAUCAUUUAACUUUUUAAUCUUAAAUGAAAUAGUUUCCACAUGUAAUAAUUUAAGUAGAGCAACUUUGUACAUAAAUUUAUCAAUUUUACAGUUAUCUUAUUUGAUAUUUGAUACUAAAUAUUUUUAAUAUUGAAAUAUUUUAACAUCUGAAAGUACAAGACAA